AUGUUAUCGAGUUGGAAAACUUGGUGCCGUCUGUGUGCGGAGGAACAAGCUGUACUAAAGCUAGAAUCGGUCCAAGAUAUAAAUGCGAUCAUCACAGACAUGCUGGAUGUGUCGAUCGUGGAAAUAAAAGAUGUGCCGCCGAACAUAUGCGAAGAAUGUCUCAGUUUCGUAAAGAAACUGGAACACUUCAAAGAAAGAUGCACUCAAACGAAUCGUUUGUUUGCGUACCUGUCGAAAUGUUCCCGGAUGGGAUAUCAAAAGCUAGAUUUAAAACAAACCCGACGUACCUUCCUGGAGGAUGUGGAUUUAGAAGUCGCAGCUAAUCAUUUAUGUGACGAGCUCAUUACGGAAACGAAAGACUUUUUAAGCGCUAAUCCUGUGCAGGCAACACAACACCUAGAAGAGAUUGAGAAGGUUGAAGAUAUCAAUGAGGAAGUUUUCUAUCAAGUGGAAUCGCUGGGUGUUACCUCCUCUCAUACAGAGUUUGAGAACAAUGGCACCGAUACGGAACAGUGGGAAAUGCUGGAAGUUGAAAUGGAUGGCUAUAGCAAUGAAAUGGAAUUAAAAGAUGAAAAUGUUGAAGAUGAGUAUGAAAAAGAUUCUAAUUCCGACCAUUACGAUCUAAAUGAACCGGAGAUAGCUAGAGAAAGCCGGAAGCAACAUAAUGAUGAUGCUGCAGAAAAUUCUCCCAACAAUGAAAGUGUACCCAGCAAACACCAUAACACACGUCUAUCCUCCAGCAGGAGCUCUCAGCAGCAAGUCUUUCAAUGUAAAGUCUGUAAGAAAAAGUACAACUCAAGCAGUUACCUCAAGAGGCAUGAAGUGAUCCAUUUAUCGGAAGAUGAAAGGCAUCGCCUUACUUGUACCAUAUGUAACAAAUUGUUUAAUAAAUCGGCAAAUCUGAAAGCUCACAUGCAACAAGUGCACGAAGGUGUGAAUCCGUUCAUUUGCGAGGAAUGCGGUAAACCUUUCAGUUCUAAGGGAGCGCUAAAGGAGCACUACAUCGUACACACGGAUGACCGACCGUACCAGUGUGCCUACUGUUCGAAACAGUUUAAAAAUGCGGCACGUCUCAAGAUUCACGAAGAUACGCAUAACGACACGCUGUACGUUUGUCCGCACUGUGGCCUAAAGCUGAACACCAAACGUACCCUCAACAUGCACAUGGUCGUACACUCGGAUCAGAAGAAAUUCAAAUGCCAGGAGUGUGGUAAUGAGUACAAACGGUCCAAAGCGCUCAAGGCGCACCUGAUACUGCACACGGGGCUGCGACCGUACCAGUGUCCAUUUUGUGAUAAAACCUUUGCCAAUGGGUCAAACUGUCGGAGCCACAAAAAGAAAUUCCAUCCACGAGAAUUGGCUGCGCUGGAAGCUGCUGGCGGUCAGAAACCUGCUGCCAAUAUUCCGAAGCUGGAACAUCUGCUGCGCAAGUAUGCCUGUUGCAACGCUUUUGAAGUCUAA